CGUUUGUAAAAUAUAUAAAACUUUUGAAUUAUUAAAGUCACUAUGAUUGUGUACUUUUGCAAUUAUAUCACAGAAAUUAUAGUGUUGUCUAAAAAUACCAACACGUUAUCGAAUAGUUAUUGCAGUAAUACGGUAUCUACUGAUGGAUCAAUCACUACAUCCGGCAUGGGGCUACUUAGUACAUAUCGUAUUCAGUUUAAUCAGUGAAGUCACGAUGGCUGAACAAUUCGUUUCGCAGCGCGAAAAAAGCUUGAAAAUAAUUGAAAAAUUUAAAUUUCGGAAAACUAAUCGGCCUCUGAGUUCGGGUGAGGAUAAGUGGCGAUGUACAGUUAAAACUUGCACAGCAUUUUUAAAAACGGUAGGUGAUGACGAAAUAAUCACUGAACAAAAUUUAAACCAUAACCAUAAAUCUUUAAGUGAUCAAAACCUCCAAAAACAAUUCGUGACUGGUAUUGUAAAACGCAAGGCAACUGAAGAUAUAUGUACCAAACCAAGUAAAAUAUUUUGUAACGCUAUUAAAAAUUUGCCACUAACGGAACAUUUGCAAGUAAGUGAUGUACGUAAUAUAAAAAGAAAUAUAUAUAAUGCUAGAAGAAAGACAUUGCCUCCAUUCCCUAAAUCAAUCGAAGAAGUUCAAUUAAUUCUUGACGAACGCGGUGUUCAAACAAAUAGAGAUGAGUUAUUUUUAUUAAUAAACAACAAGGAGUUGAAAUAUGUUGUUUUCAGUUGCAUUUCUAAUUUAAAAGCUCUUGCGUUAUCAAAAUGGUUGUACAUGGAUGGUACGUUUUCAUACUGCCCUAAAUACUUUACACAAAUGUUUACAAUACAUGGUUUUAUCAACGGUUAUUAUAUACCACUCGUUAUAUGUUUACUCUCCGAUAAAAGUACAAUAUCAUACACUAAUUGCUUAAAAUCUAUUUGUGAAUAUAGUUUCCAAAACAAUAUAACUAUUUCACCAUCCGAUGUUGUAAUAGAUUUCGAGAAAGCUAUUCAUUUUGCAUGUAAAACUGUUUGGCCUCAGAUAACGAUACAUGGAUGUCGAUUUCAUUUAAUACAGUCCUGGAAUAGAUGUAUCCAACAAAAUGGUUUGAGUAAUGACUAUAAAGAUAAAAACAGCGAUAUUAGAAGGUGGUUAGUGAAAUGCUAUGGUUUACCAUUUCUAAGCCCAGGAAGUGUAUCAGAGUAUUUUGUAAAUUAUUUAAUGGAAUCAAAGCCUGACGACGAGAGAGUAACUCGAUUUGCAGAUUAUUUGGUAGAUGUAUAUAUAAGUGAAGAAGCUCAGUAUUCACCUGAAAUAUGGGCUCAAGCAUCAGCAGAGCCAACUUUAACCACUAAUGCAUGCGAGUCAUUUCAUUCUCACUUUAAUUCUAGCUUUUAUACUACUCAUCCAAAUAUUUUCAUGUUCUUAGAAAAGUUAAAUGAAGUUCAAAUAGAAACAUAUAUUAAACUAAAUAGUAUAAAUGUACCCUUUAAAUACCAAAAUUCUAAGUAUCUAUUGUCUGUAAAUAGUAAUCUAUAA